AUGACAAGUACAUUAUAUUUAUGUACCCAAAACAACACUCUGACGUCAUUUCAUUUAGAAAAACCUUUCAGGAAAUUUAUUUAUUCAACAACAUCAACAACAACAGUAUCCGCUCCUCAAAUUUUCAUGAUGAAAAAAGCUCAAUUGCUGGUAAAAAACGAUUUGAAAGCCUUCGAGACACCUACACGUCCAGUAAAGUGA